AUGGACACGCAAGAAGAUGUUGUGCCAACCGAGUCCCUGUUUCGCCCAGCAAAAAAGCGCAAAUUCAUGCGACGACGUCCCGAUCAUGAGACCCUAGACACCGAAGAGGCCGAUAACCAAAAUGACAAUUCUGGCGCGUCACAAGCUCCGGGGAGCAGUAAUCUUCGGCGUCCACGCGCAGUUAGAAAGGGCGGCAUUGGGUUUUCUACCACAUCACGACUAGGAGAUGACCAGGGCCAGCAAGUAGCGCUAGUACCAGUAGCCGGAGAAACUGAGGAUGAGAAGAUACGAGCAAUGAAUGAACGUUUCACGGGAUAUACUGGUCAGACAGUGGAUGUUGACAAGCACAUGUACGAAUCCUUUCCUAAAGCUGAUCGUCCCGUUCGUUUGAUGUGGACUAACGAGAUAAGGAUGGCAUUCAUAGAUUCCGAGAUGGCUAAGCGCUACCAGCCUGAAUCAAAAGCGGACCAUUCAGGUUCCAACCAACCAACCCAAGAGGAGGUCGCUGGGGGGCCGUCGCUACCUGGACACCAGACACGCGAACCUGCAUCGCUAGGCAAACUCCAUGAAAUUGACCUCGGCCAAGAAGCCACAUUGCGAAACAUUGCGCGGACAGAAGCUGCGACUCGACAAAUGGAGAAGGGAGAACUGCCGACAUCAGUGGAUCAUGCUGCUUCAGAGACGGGUCGUCCUGGGCCAGACGGCAAGUCAUGGCGCAACCGCAAACAGAGGACAGAUGCAGACAUCGCAAGAGAUCGUCUUGUGGAGGAAGUACUACGUGAGAGUAAAUUGGAAAUUUAUGAUGAACAUGAGGAGGAAACACAGCUUGAUGACCAACAGGCUGCUGAUGACCGAGUUGCUGAGCAAUUCAGACGAGACUUUAUGGAUGCGAUGCAGUCUCGACGUCGGACUCGGCCUGCAGCAAAACCGGUGGCCAAUGUCGAAGCGCCCCGGGGUCCGAAGCUUGGAGGCAGUCGCAGUGCAAGAGCUGCAAUGCGAGAAAAAGAAGCACAGGCGGGAAAGAAAUGA